UAGUUAAUUCGACACUAUUAUAUUUUUUGGGCUUAAUGUCUGUGAAUAUUGAAAAUUCCUUGCAUGUACUACAAGUGAAAAGAAUUCACACUUAUUUUGUAUGUGCGAUGAUUUGAACAUGUUGAAAGAUCCAUUAGAACAAGGGCUUUUAGGAAAACCACGAUUCAGCUAAUGUCAUAACGUGGCCAUGCAAAAAAGUGUGACCACCAUUAUUCUUGGAUUCUCUUUCCUUACUGUACUGUGAGUGGCUCCCACGGUGUCGGGCUGUCUGUAGUGAAUGGUGUCCUUUGCAAUUUGACAUUGAAGUCUUCCCUCAGUAACAACUAGAGAUCCACAGAGAUGCUGUGUUUGGAAUUUUAAGUGUCUACCUAUUUCAUGUUGCAGUUAGUUCCUCAUAAUGGCAGAAGAUAGGGAAAUUUUGCGCGAGAUAUGGGAUGGUCGUGUCCCAGUCUGUGUCCAGCUUGCAAGUGAAGAUUGCAACACUCUUAGUGCUCCAGAUUCAUAUUACUUGAUGGUUCCAAGGCUGUCGUAUUUCCCAUUAGUUAUGGAUAAGGUGAGGAAACAUUUGCUACGGUUUAUUCCUCCUGAUCUUCAGGAAGCAGAAAUGUGGUUUGAAUGUGACGGAUAUCCUUUAAAAUGGCAUUAUCCAGUGGGAGUGUUAUUCGAUCUUCAUUGUGGUGGAACAGCUUUGCCAUGGACUAUUACUGCACAUUUUUCUCAUUUUCCUGAAAAGGAAUUAAUAAGAUGUCCUUCAAGGGAAGUCGUAGAGUCACAGUUUAUGUCGUCCUUAAAAGAAGCUGAUGGAUUGAAGCACCGUGGACAAGUCAUAACAAACAUGCAAAGUAAAGAUCAUAAACAAUUGUGGAUGGGUCUUUGUAAUGAUAAAUUUGACCAGUUUUGGGCUAUUAAUAGAAAACUUAUGGAAUGUUCCUCUGAUGAGGGAUUUAAAAAUAUUCCAUUCCGUCUUCACACACUUUACCGACCACCCAUACAAAAACUUAUAAAACCCCUCACUGAUGAUGGGAGGAAAGUCACCUUGGCAGAUCUCCUUCAUGAUGCCUUACCAGAUGCAAUAAUGGAAGGUGACCGAAUUGUGAUUCAAGGUAUUGAAACUCCCCUGGAUACACCAGUACAAUGGCUAAGUGAACAUCUUAGCCAUCCUGACAACUUUCUUCAUAUAAGUUAUAUUCCUGCUCAAGCCUAACUUCUUUCAUGUUUUUUAAUAGAAUAUGUAUUAUCAUUUUUCUUCUCAUUGAUGAAUUAAGUUCAUUAUGUAAAUCGACUUGUACAUUGUGAAUGAUGAAAGGGGUCUUGGAAACCUUUCUAAUAGGCAGGAGGGUACAUUGUGAAUGAUGAAAGGGGUCUUGGAAACCUUUCUAAUAGGCAGGAGGGUUGUAUGAAACAGCCUUUUGGUAUGGUAGUUAUAUUGCCAAUUAGUGUACUACUUUUAAAGUUUACAGCUGUGGUGCAUUAUUGGAAGGAACUUUCCAUAGUAUUUGUACCUCUUGCCUUUGUGAUAUGUAGAUAUUAGCCAACCAAUGCAUUCUACCAACCAAAGACUUCAUUAGAUAAUCUUUGUAUACAGAAAUAAAUUUAUGUAGAUAUUAAAAAAUUAUUUAGCAGUACUUAUCACUUUCAUAAAAUGAAAAGUUAUAAUUGACUGGAUAACUUCACCAUUCAUGUGGGCAGGAGAUGAAUCUCCUUGUUUUCUUAGCAGGAUUUCACAAGUAGUUAGGGUAGUGUCACAUAUUGCAGUAUAAUUGGUGCCAUAAGGAAGGUCCAGAUUAGUAAUGAGUAUCUUUUUUUGUAAAUGAUUAGAUUUGAGUACUUUAUAUUUUUACUACAUCUGAACCUUUACCUCAGGCCAGGAGCUAUAUACUUCUAUUAACUCUUAGGGGUUCUUGAUACUAGUAUAAGCCUACCAAUUUUAUUUAUAACAUGAUGUACUAUUUUUCCAGCACUUUUGAUCAUUUUCUUCAGCACAUUGUACUUCCACUGCAGUAAAGAAUGCUUGAAUCAUGUAAA